AUGGAGAUGUAUUGUACUAAAAGUUACUUUAUUGAAUUGUGCGUUUUAAGUUCUUUAAUCGUGGUACUUGUGCGAUGGAAUGAGCCAUUUCAGAAACUUGCAACAUGUGAUGCCGAUGGAGGAAUUUUUGUGUGGAUUCAGUAUGAAGGGAGGUGGUCGGUUGAGCUGGUCAACGAUCGUGGAGCACAGGUGAGCGACUUUACUUGGAGCCAUGAUGGUACACAGGCACUGAUUUCUUACCGAGAUGGCUUUGUGCUGGUUGGAUCUGUCAGUGGGCAGCGACAUUGGUCUUCUGAGAUUAAUUUGGAUAGCCAGAUUACUUGUGGAAUAUGGACACCUGAUGAUCAACAGGUGCUGUUUGGUACAGCUGAUGGACAAGUAAUAGUGAUGGACUGCCAUGGACGUAUGCUGGCUCAUGUAUUGCUUCAUGAAUCUGAUGGUAUCCUGGGAAUAUCUUGGAAUUACCCCAGUUUUCUUGUGGAGGACAGUAGUGAAAGUGACACAGACUCUGAUGAUUACUCACCACCACAAGAUGGCCCAACAAUAUACCCCAUACCAAUUCAGAAUAGCAAGCCAGUGCUGACUGUUAGCUUCACAUCUGGGGAUAUUAGCAUGAUGAACAACUAUGAUGAUUUGUCACCAACUGUGAUCCACUCAGGUUUAAAAGAUGCAGUUGUACAGUGGAGCAGCCAGGGGAACUUACUUGCUGUAGCAGGCAUGGAAAAAGAGAGUCAACUUUAUGAGUCGGGAAGUCUUCCAGUAGUGAAAAAUGCUGCUGUUAAAUUUUAUAAUAAUCAUGGAGAGCAUAUUUACACGCUGGAAAGUCCUACUCAGAAUAUGGAGGAAACUAGUGCUGAUACUAAAUUUUCUUCCACCACUACAAUUUUACUUUUGAAUCCAGAUCAUCCUGAUAAGCCUCCCAUCCCAGACCCAAAUAAUAUGCGGGAUUUUGUCAGUUACCCGACAGCAGGAAAUGAAAGACUGCAUUGCACCAUGAAGCGUACAGAAGAUGACCCAGAGGUAGGGGGCCCAUGCUACACCCUGUACCUGGAAUACUUGGGUGGACUCGUGCCAAUUUUAAAAGGGAGGCGAAUUAGCAAGCUUCGACCAGAAUUUGUCAUAAUGGACCCCAAAACUGAUGGUAAAGCAGAUGAAAUCUAUGGGACCAAUUUGAUGUCAACAAUGAUUGAUAGUUGUAAUUGUUCUGACUCCAGUGAUGUAGAACUAAGUGAUGACUGGAUUGGCAAGAAAUCUCCAAAGAUAUCUCGAGCUAGCAAAUCCCCCAAAUUGCCCAGAAUUAAUCUCGAUGCUAGAAAAUCACCCAAACUUUCUCGAGCUAGUCAGGAGAUAUCAAAGUCUCCACGAUUACCAAUUAGGAAACCUUCCAUUGGAUCCCCAAGCUUAACUCGGAAGGAAUUUCCUUUAGAAGAUGUCACUCAGCACAACUAUCUUGCUCAAGUCACAUCCAACAUCUGGGGGACAAAGUUCAAGAUUGUGGGACUGGCUUCAUUUCUACCAAGUAAUCUGGGUGCAGUCAUCUACAAAACCAGCUUGCUACAUCUUCAGCCCAGACAAAUGACUAUUUAUCUACCAGAAGUACGCAAGCAAUCUAUGGACUUCAUCAAUAUCUCUACAUUCAAUCCCAGUGUUUUCAGCGAAGAUGAGGAUGAUCUUGCAGUGAAUGGAACAACUGGAGCUCCAGAAAACAAUCCUCCUUGCACUGUUAACAUUCCCAUUGCACCAAUCCAUAGUUCUGCUCAAGCAAUGUCCCCUACCCAGAGUAUUGGACUAGUUCAAUCGUUACUUGCCAAUCAGAAUGUGCAGCUUGAUAUUUUAACAAAUCAAACAGCUAUUGCAGGAGCAGCAGAACGUGGUUUGGACAAUUCCAGCCAGUAUGCAAUUUCUAACAGGUUUUCAAAUCCUGGGCAGGCAAUUUUUGGAAGUUUGGAAACCAGCCGAAUGACUGGUGGAUCACAACAGCAAUCACCACAGCUUGGGGGGAUUGUACAGAUUCCCAACAUGGAGCAGGUGGAACGAGAACCUGAGCACUCUCAGAAAAUCAAGUCGAUGCGAACAGUGCCACAGUUCCUGGAAAGCAAUACAAUGCCAUUCUGCACAACCCCCGAAGUGCAGUUAGCUAAAAUAAAUGCACAUCCACCUCCUCCGUAUCCAGGGACUAUAACAGCUUCUGCAGCCACCUCUGCUACUACUCCACCUGCAGACAUUUGUCUGAAAAAAAUAGAUCUCUCCCUCUUUCCUACUAGACAUCUUCAAACCCCUCUAGGUUACGAAAGAAUCACAACAUUUGAUAGCAGUGGAAAUGUCGAAGAAGUAUAUAGGCCUCGCAUGAGAAUAUCAAGCAGUCAAAAUACGUAUACACUUCCAGGCCCAGGACAGUCACCUUUACAGUUGCCUUCAGCAGAUGCUAAGAAGGUACAGCAGGUAUAUGGCACAUUAAAUAGGCUGAGUGUUGCUCACUGUGUUAUUCCUAGUGGAGAUCCACCUCCUUAUCCUGAUGCCACCAAUAGAAGUCAGCGUAUUGAUAGUAACACUAUACAAGUGCCAUUGCAAAGUGAGAGCAAAGAUGCCACAGCAAAAGUGUCUCAGCUGUUAGACUCACAUAGGAUUAUUCAACAUGGUCAUAAACUGAAGAACAAUUCUGUGUCUGCACAGUACCAGCAAACCUCUCUCAGAUCUCCACCGGCUCUCUAUACGUGUACUCAGUGCAUCAACAAUGGAAGCAACAAUAGUAACAUUAAUAGUAGAUCAGAAUUACCUACUGGGACUGGCUCUCAGCUUAGCACUGUAAUUGUCCACUCAUCUAGUACAUCACCCCUCUCUUCUCAGUCAUCCUAUAAUCUGCUAAGUGUUCCAGACAACUGUCAGGAUAGAACUGAAUAUGUUAAUAAUGCUUUCAGUGAGGAUGAAUCUAUUUUGCAGCAUUGUCAAUUUGAGAAAUCCAUUAGACAUAUUACAUUAAAUAAUGAGAUCAACAUGAGCAUGAAGCAACCACUCCCAUAUCAGUGGGACCAAACAGGGAGUGAGGAAAUUUGGAUUCCACAACAACCAAGUCAGAUUUCUGCAACAGCGUGUCAUAAACCACCAGCACUCAUCUUGGAACAAUCACAUGUGGAAAUACCUCAUGUACCAAUCAUUCCUAUUAAAUCUACAAAUAGUCCAACAGUCACUUUCCAGUCAAACUUUGGAUUCACAUUACCAUAUCCACUAAGUUACAGCGCAUCUCCUAUUGCAGCCUUUCAGGCCUCUUUUCCUUCUUCAGAAGCUAUAAUCCCACCUCCAUACCCACAACAAGACUCUUCUGUAGUCGUGCAAUCUGGUUAUCCAGCUAACAUUGGCUGUUGUCCAUUGCCACCAAUGUAUCCAACCAAUAACACAUUUUCUAGUCUACAGCUCCCCCCGAUUACAUUACAUCAAUGGAAUACUUACAGUGCUUGUUCCCUGAUGCAUAGUUCACAGGGUACGUUGAGCUCAAAGCCAGACGUGCUUGUUGAGAAAGCUGGAAUGCCUUCAUUUUCAACAGAGUUUCAACACACGAGAACUGAGGCAAUUAUCGAAACAGCAGACAACUUCCAAGAGGUCGUCUCUCUGACAGAAUCUCCUGUUCUUCUGCGAACAGAUAGAUAUGACAAGAAAAGCCAUAAACGGUUAGACAGCAGACCAGAGGAGGCAAAUAUGCGAGCUGUAACUGAAGGAAAAAUGAAAAAAGACGCAAAGGUGCUUACAGACUUCAAUUCUCUAAUUUCUAGCCCGAGACUAGGAAGAGAAAAGAAAAAAAUCAAAAGUCAAAAAGAUCAGAUAAAAUCCAAAAAGCUGAAUAAAAUGAGUGAGUUUCAAGACAGCUCAGAAAGUGAGCCAGAGUUAUUCAUUAGUGGAGAUGAGUUCAUGAAUCAGAGUCAGAGCGCCAAAAAGGUUUGGAAAACUAAGAGAAACUUAAGGACAGCGAAUGAAACGGAUGAACUGAAAUGUCGAAGGGCAAAUGAAAAAGAGGACGGGAAAUUGGGGAAUCAAGGAUUUGUGUAUGUAAUGGCUAACAAGCAGCCACUCUGGAAUGAGGCAACACAAGUAUAUCAGUUGGACUUUGGAGGAAGAGUGACCCAAGAGUCUGCAAAAAACUUCCAAAUUGAGUUGGAAGGACGACAGGUGAUGCAAUUUGGAAGGAUUGAUGGUAAUGCAUACAUCUUAGAUUUUCAGUAUCCAUUUUCUGCAGUGCAAGCUUUUGCUGUUGCAUUAGCUAAUGUUACCCAACGUCUGAAAUGAAUGAGAAGAACUAAAGUGUUUUCUGGAGCUGAGGAUCAAAAUUUCCACGAUGUAUGUUGAAAGCACCGUGACUGAAUUGGUCUGGGCAGCCACAUCACUGCGUUUGACUUUAAAGGAUCUCCUAUUUAGUCUUGAACAAACAGGAAGAUGGAAGAGCAUGCUUUUCAGAUGCAUGCCAUGAUGAUUACAGUUCAGAUACCUUGCUGUUCUGUAGAUCUUUCCACCUGAUUACAUGCUUGUUUGAAUAACCCAGUAGAAUAUGUUUACCUGUUGACUAGAAGGCCUUAUAUUACGGUGUAAUUUUCUUUUUUUCUUGUAACAAAUACAGGAGCUUGCUUUCUUUGCUGUUUUUUUUAAUAACAGUAAUAAUACUUGAACAACACACAGGAUUCCUGGGAACCGGAAUGAUUGAGUUUUGAAUAUGGUAUUAGUAAAUAGGUUAUGUCAAUAUUGGUGAGCACUGGAAAGAACAAUUUAAGUAGCUCCUAAGUUGAAACUAACAAGGACAUUGAAAUCUUCAGAAGCAUUUUUGAGGUCGAAAGUUUUAAUAGUCAUUGCUUUGAAAUUAAUAGUGUUUUUGUUGAGCUGUUUUAGUGCUAAAUAUCAUUUUAGUUGGACAUUUUGUCAAGUUUUAUUACUCUGUUUUUCUUUAUUUCUGAUGACAAGCUAAGUAGACAUGUAUCUCUGAUAGUGAAUUGUUUUCCAAAUUGAUCUGCAAAUUACUAAUUUUGGGUUAUAUCUGUAA